AUGUCUUACAAUAUUCUCAUCUGGAAUGCUCGGGGUGUGGCUAAUAAGAGCACUCAGAGCACCAUUAAAUAUCUAAUAAAGACUCACAGAAUCUCCGUUUUUGCUAUUAUUGAGCCUCUGAUAAAGCCAAAACCAGAUGUUUUUAGUAGAAUUUUUGGCCUUCAAUACAAAGGAGCUAAUAAAAAUGGGCAAAUUUGGAUCUUUGCUGAAAAUGGAAUGGAAGUUGAUGAGUUUGAUGACUCGGAGCAGGUGUUACAUGGUCGUGUCUCGACAGAUAUUCUCCUUGCACCUUUUUAUUUGUCGGUAGUGUAUGGGAAGUGCACAAGGGAAGCUAGGCUGCCUCUGUGGGAUAAGCUCAGAGAGCUUGCUGUGCAAUGUGAGGGCCUUCCAUGGUUAGUAGGGGGAGAUUUUAAUAUUUUUGUUUCAGAUGAGGAAAGACAAGGCGCCAGUAUCAAGAAAAAAAGAACAAGAGAGAUGACAUAUUUUGCUAAUGCUAUUAAUGACUGUCAACUUUUAGAUCUUGGGGCAGAUGGAGCAAAAUUUACCUGGGCAAGAGGUAACACUUUGGAGAGACUUGAUAGAGCUUUGAUUGGCGAAGGGUGGACGGAUAUGUUUUCCUCUACUAGAGUCACCAACUUGCCUAGGGUAAUGUCAGAUCAUGGACCUCUGCUCAUCCAGUGUCAACUUCCUGGCCCUCCUAUCCGGCCACCGUUUAGAUUCUAG